AUGUCUCAAAAUAGUAAUACAACAAGCUCUUCGGAUUCAAAUGUUUUAUAUAGUUUAAAUACAAAUUAUGAUGAUAGUGGCAGUGAUGGAAGUAAUUUGUCUGCUUAUGACUCAGGAAGUAAUGAUGACAAUGAUGUGCAUUAUGAAAUGGAAAGCGAUUCAGAAGAAAAGACUGAUAGCGAUGAUGAACAAGUCGAUCUUAAUUCAGAAGAAAUCAAUACGGAUGUCGUAACAGAUAAUCACCAAAAUAUUCAAUGGUCAAAAAAAACAAAAUUUGAACCUGAUUUGCCUGUCUUUGGUGAAAAAUUUAUUUUAAAGGAUGAUAUUGAUUUGCCUAAAUCACCAUCACCAUAUGAUUUUUUUAACUUAUUUUUAACAUCAGAAAUUGUUGAUUACAUUGUUCAACAAUCGAACUUAUAUUGUACACAACAAAAUUUCAAACAAGAACCCAUGAACAAUUUAGAUCUGUAUCACUUAAUUGGUUUUUUAUUUUAUUCAUCAUUAUGCAAAUUACCAUGCAAAUCAGAUUAUUGGACGUCGACAUACGGUUCUGAAAUAGUGAUGAAAAAUAUAACUAGAAAUCGAAUAGAUCAACUUUUAAGAUCAUUACAUUUUGGUAAUAAUGUUCUUCAAAAACAACCUAGUGAUAAAAUACAACCUUUAAUUGAUUUGUUCAAUAGCCGAUGUGGUUCGGUGGUAAAACAGGAACAAAACAUAUCAAUUGACGAACAAAUGAUAGGAUACAAAGGAAAAUCGGCACCAAAAAGUUAUAAACAAUAUAUGCCAAAAAAACCGACAAAACGAGGUUUUAAACUUUGGUCAUUAUCUGGUGUUUCUGCAUACACGUAUCGUAUUAAAUUAUACCAAGGUGCUAAUGCAAAUAUGCCUGUAGCACAAAUGAAACUAUCAUCAUAUACAACAGCUUCAUCUGAACUUCAAACACGUUCAAAAGAUCGAAAUAAUGAAGAUAAUGAAAAACUAGCUAAACAAUCUGCAGAUAUAAAAAGUUAUGGUCAAUCAGGAAUGGUAGUUAUCGAUUUAUUAGAUGAUAUACCAAAAGGUUCACAUAUUUUUAUUGAUAAUUAUUUUGGUUCGUUAUCAUUAUUACAUGAAAUGACUUCACUUGGUUAUGGAUUAACCUGUACAUUAAGAUCAAAUCGUAUUAAAAAUUGUCCAAUCAAAUCAGAAAAAGCUAUGAGUAAAUAUCCACGAGGUUAUUAUGAUUAUUUGGUAUCAAAAGACAAAAAAAUUAUAAUAGUUGCCUGGCAGGAUAGAAAACGUGUUUUAAUGGGAUCAAAUUUGAUUGGUAUUGAACCACUUACACAAUUAUCAAGAUGGGACAAACAAAAUCGUCAAAAGGUAAGUGUGAAUGCACCACAAAUAGUAAAAACCUAUAACAAGAAUAUGGGUGGCGUCGACAAGGUCGACAUGUUAUGUGCUUUGCAUCCAAUACAUUUCAGGUCGAAAAAAUGGUACAUGCGUAUUGCAUGGAGAAUACUUGACUUGAUGGUAAUAAACGCUUGGGUUUUAUGGAAACAUAUGUUACCUGAUGAUCAACGAAGCUGGAGACGUUCUCGUUUAUUUUACUUUAAGAUGGAUAUAGCAAAUAUAAUGCUACGGGAACCAAGAGCCAUUGAACGUCGAAUGUUAAAGGUAUUAGUUACAAAUCAAUCAUCAUCGGAAUCAGAUGAUGAUGAUAAUAAUCUUGUUCGACAAAAAAGAAAAAGAGAAACUGUCUCGAAUAUUUCAAGUAUGGUUCGUUUUGAUGGUUUAGAACAUUGGCCCCAAUAUCAACAAAGUUUACGCCUGCGAUGUAAAAAUAAAGGUUGUUUAAUGAAGACAAACGUAUAUUGUUCCAAAUGCCAAGUCCAUUUAUGUUUUUGUACAACACGUAAUUGUUUUAAAGAUUAUCAUUGUAAAAAUUAA